AUGGAGGAGCUGCGCAAGGUGGUCUCUUUCGGCUUGGCGCCAGGUACCGUAAUUACCACUAUGACGGUACUGUUUUUGGGGAAACCUCCGACUCUCCCCCGCAUCACAGCUGCGGCUUCAUCUUCGACUCCCCCUCUGGCUUUCGUUUCGACCGACAAGUCUAUCCGUCUAAUGUCUUACACCAUGAAUACCCCCCUGUCGACCGAACGCAUCUCAACCAUCUUCACCUCUGCUCGCUCCCCCUCCGACCUCUACGAGACCCUCGCCCAGUAUGAAGGCGAUGCUCUAUUACUCGCCUCCUCGAAGCAGGGGAAUAACUCAGACCUCCUAUCUUUCUUCUACUCGACAUUCUUCUUUGCACAUCUUCUAACGGAUCAAACAUACGAAGCGCGCGCCAUGACGCAACGAAUGCCCCCGAACCUAUCCCAGAACGAUCCUUCCCUACAGAACUGCUUGGUUCUACUACGUGCCGUCUGGCAGCGGGAUUAUGAGCAGGUCUACAGGAUUCUCCGACAGCUACCGUGGCCAGAGCCACUAAAACCCGUGGUAAACAGCUUUGAGACUCACUUCCAAGAAAAAACGCUCAAAGAGGUCAGCGGGGCCUACGAGGCGAUUCGACCGGCUGCGGCUGCUAGCUACCUCGGCCUUGACCCGGACUCGGCGGAGAAGGGAGAUCCGGCAAUAAUCCAGAAGUUCACAACCCGUGGAUGGACAUGGGAUGAAAGCACUAUGCUCCUACACCCCAAACCUCUUCCUACCGCCCCCGAAACAGACCACGACCUACAAAAUGGGCUGGGCCAAAUCAUGGCGUUAAUCGCCAAGCAUGCGAGUUAA